GGACCAAAACAUUGAACAAACAGACAAAGCCCCUCCCCCUUUUUUGUGUUUUGAUGUACGCGUUCCUUUCAAAGUCAGGGGCGAAUCCAGCGAUUUAUAAAGGGGGUUCCAACUAAAGAUAAAAGGGGUGUUUAACUAUAUGUCCACAUUCAAUUGUGAAAAAGGGAGGAUUCAUCAUGGUGGCAGAAAGAAAUUCUGUUUUUUCUAAGAAAAGGAAGACAAGUGGAGAACAUGGUGAUGAAAAGAUUAAAGGUGGCCAAAAGAAAAGAAAAGGCAGUGAGGAUGAAGAUAUAUAUCAAAACAAUUCUGCAUUUUGUGAAUUAGUGAACAAAGCAGGACUGACAUUAAUGAAGGGAAAUAAACCUAAUUCACUGGGUUUUGACCAAGCAGUAUUUCAGAGAAAUCUCCAAGUUUCAUUAAAAAGACAUGAAAGUUAUCCAGAGGUUUUAGAGGAAUUUGUGGAAGGAUUCCAAGAAUAUAUUGAGGACCAAAAGAGAUUACACAACAGCCUGGUUCCUACAUUUACAGCAUCAGAAUGUGACAGUGCAAGAAGUGUUCAUCAAGACUGUUUAGUCAGAUUGCUUCUUGGAGUUGACUUAAUACAGACCAAACUAAUGCAUUGCUUACUAGAAAAAUUAGCAGAAUUUACAGAAGAUGACCAAUCUAUAUUUGAACAUGGUGAAAAAGUAAACAUACCAAGAUUAUUGAUGAGUCAAUUUAGAUGGCUAGACAGAAUAUUAGCAGGAAAGGAAAUUACAGAGAAGAUGGUAGAGAUGAUUGGAAUCGUCACACUAGAUGUACAAAGGGAGAUAAUUUCUUGUUUACCAGAGGUGGUAGAAGAUUCAGAACAUGGGGAUGUAGCCACUGCGUUAAGAGAUUUACUCUCACACAAUACACAGCUCACAGUUCCCAUUCUAGAUUCUUUGGCCAAUCUAAACCUUACUUCAGAAUUAUUGGCAGAGGUCAGAGGAACAGUUUUAAAGACACUUCACUCUGCAGAAGUAGAAGAACUCCCAGUCAUUAUAAAGUUUUUACUACAGUCAGUCAAUAAUCAAGAUGCAGUAGAGGUUGUGUCAGAAAUACGAGCUAACUUGGAUUUUAGUACAACUUUUAGACCUCCAAUAUCAUCUACUCCUCACCAGUCUGUACAGAGGAACAGGGAUAAAAGAUUACAGAGAAUAAGUGGUGAUGUGAACAGGGGAGCAGAAGCUUUGACCUUGGAUGCCAUUAAAUCUAGUAUAAGGUUCCAGAAAUGUGUGGCAGAAGCUUGUGUUAAGGCAAUAGAUGGAAUAAAACAGCCAGGUGACCAUAAAGUGAUCGACAUAUUCUUAUUACUGAUUCUACACAGUACAAACAGGAAGAAACCAGUAGAAAGUCUUGUCAGAAACAAAAUCAGGGCUGGUGGUAUAACAGAGGUUCUACUUCAAGAUAUCUUUACAAAUCAUAAUGAGGUGCUUAGAGAGUUUUUCCCCUCCAUUUUAUCCUUAGCAGAAGUACUGUUGAGAUCACCAGAACCAGCAGUGUCGUAUAUAGCAUGUACAUUAUACACAAAAGCUUUUGUAGCAUUUGAUUCAUUUUGUCAACAGGAAAUAGUAGGAAACCUGGUGACACAUAUUGGCAGUGGAUUUGAAAGCGAAAUCGACCAUUCAUUAGAUAUUCUGUCUGAUCUGGUGGAACAUUAUCUCACAAAGAUGGCACCAUUUGCAAUAUUUGUAAAGGGUGUUUUAGAUUACUUAGAUAAUUUAUCAGUUAUGCAGAUAAGAAAACUCUACUCCAUGUUGAGUAUCCUGGCUUUCAGAAAUCCUAAUGAUGGUGGAAUGAUACAGGAUGAUCUUCACAUAAUUAUAAGGAAACAGCUUUCAAACAACAGUCCAAAGUACAAAAGAAUGGGUAUAAUUGGUGCCAUAAUGAUUGUCAAAAGUAUAGCCUAUAACAGUAAUAAUGGACAGUCUGGAUUAACAGAGGAAUCAUACAAGCAGGUUGUAGCCUUACUGAAUCUAGUAAGAACCAGUAUUAACAGGAUACCAGAAGCAGCAGCUCUCUUCAUGGAUGAACUUGCUAAUGUUAUACAAAAAGGUUGUCUAGAUCCUAAAGUUGAGGCCUGGAUAGAUGAGACAGUGAUAUCAGAUUUCCAAGGGAAUUUUGUAUUAUAUGUUGACGAAUCUCCCAAGGAUGAAUGUUUAACCCCUGGAGAGCUACAAUAUAAUCUUGACCCAGAAAGUGAAGAACCUAUUGCAAUAUACAUGUCACAUCUGGUAGAAAAAUCUGCUGCUGAUAAAAAGAAGUCAGCAAUUAAGGAUUCUUCAAGUGAAAGUGGCUUGAGUGAUCCAUUGUGUCUGUCCCCACACUUCAGACUGUUGUAUGUUUGUGAAUCUAGACAACAGGAAGAUCUCAGUGAUAUUAAUGCUUUAUUAGGAUGCCCAGUGUUUUUACCAAAACCAGAAGUUUAUGAGAAGUUAGAACCUUUAUCACAGAAAGAAAAGGAAUUCUUGUGUGACAAUUUGUUCCUAUCACUUAAUUGGUUCAGAGAGGUCAUUAAUGGUUUUGCCACUCAAACAGACCCAGAAAUGAAGGCCAAGGUCAUAUCAAGAUUACAUAACAUUACAGAUCUUCAGAGGUCAUUGGAAAAAUGCUUGAAUGUUCAGCCAAGCUAUACCCCUCCACCUGCCCAUUUUGAUUGGUAUGAGGCACCUAAAACUGUCAUACAGAAUACAGCUACUACAACCGAGGGAAAGAAGAAGAAAACUAAGAAAGCUUCUAAGAAAAAAGCAGAUAGUAAUGAAACAACUAGAGUUGAUGAUAGUGAUGAAAGCAGUAAAGAUUCAACACAUAUAGAAAAGGAUUCACAGAAUACACAAAUAACAGAAAAUAAAGACGGAAAUAGUACCUCAAAAUCAGGAAUUAGUCUUCAGAAUUACAGACCUUUUUUCAGGGAAAUUAAUAUGGAAGUAUUUACAAUUCUGAAUACAGGAAUGAUUACAGUAGCUGAUUUAGACACAGAACAGAAUACAAAGGCUACAACAGAACUAAGUAUUCAGCCACCACAGCUAGAAUUCUUACUGGAAGAUUUGGCUUGCAAAUUAAGUCACAGUUUAAUAGCAUCAGCCUCAAAGAAGAAAACUUUCUUAAAACAAAAGACGGAUAAGAACAUAGGAUUUUCACACAUUGAUCAGUUAACACCAAAGGAAGUGGCCACAAAAGCUGUUAAAUUAUUACCAGCCUUGUGUAAUCAUCUUGAAGCUGCUAGUGGAUUCUUUCAGACAAUGAUUGCAGAGAAUGAUGGAAUGAUAGAUGGGCCUGGUUUCAACAGUCCUGAAUCCUUACUGAUGGCCUCUUGUUUCCAGAUAAUUCUACAGACAAUGUGUUCUCUGUUCUCAUGGAAUGGAUUCCUGAUGUCGGAUAACAAGUCACUGUUUAAAGAAGGACUUGGAACAUUGGUUUCAAGGAUUAAAACAACCUCUGGUUCUACACAAAUAUCUAGGCAGGAUCUAAUUAAGACAUCCUUUCAGUACAUUAAGAACUUUGCAGACAUGGUACCAAAUAUAUCUACAGCUGUCAGUGUUGUUAAGUUAUUAACUGUGUUAGCAGAUAAAUCUGACUCCAGAGAUCUUCAUGGACAAAUACCAAACAUUUGUGAGGAAUUUUUGAAAAGAGAGUGGAUGUCUGCAGAUGGACAAAAGGAAAAAGGUGUAAAAUAUAAUGAAAAUUUACAGAUAAUAAUUAGAGCAUUCAUGGUGUACUCAGAUGACCCAUUAUCAGCAGCUGAAACCAUAGCAACCAAAGGAAUGCCUGAGCUCUUGGAAACAGAUAAAAAUGGCUGCUCUGCCACCUUUCCCACAUUAAAUAGAUCAUCCUUUUCAACCUUCUACAGAGUUAUGUUUAAUCAGUUGAUUGAUUGUAUCAAAACUAUGGCACCAGCUAAGCAGACAGAUUCUAGAGAGGUGAAAAUAGACAAGCUACUACAGUGGAAUCAAGCUGUCAGAAUAUUACAUAUCCAUAUAAAUUUGAUAAAGGCAUUUGAUGGAAGAGGAAAUGUUACAUCAGCAUUAAAGUGUGGAAGACAGUUUAUAGAGAUAUUUCUGAGACAAGGCAUGCCAUUACUGGACACCAUGUUCCGUACAAACCGAGAGGAUGUACAAGGAUUACUGAAAAAUCUACAGAUUAGUACCAGAUAUCUACAUCAUAUGUGUGGACAUUCAAAGAUAAUGAAAGAUGUAUGUCUUACAAACUUGGUACCAUUGAUGAAGAAAUGUUUGGAAGCUUUUGUAUAUCGUGUCAAGGCUAUGCUGACUAUGAAUAAAUGUUUAGAAGCCUUCUGGUUAGGAAACCUGAAAAACAGAGAUUUACAGGGUGAAGAGAUUUUAUCCCAGACUUCCGCUACCACUGACCAGGGCAGUGAUGAUGAGGCUCCAGAGGAAGACCAAGAAGAAAGUGAUGUUGAAAUGGAUAACCAAAGUGAGGCUGGAGAUCAGACCAAUCAGGAUGGAGAUGAUAGUGAUGGACAAUCCUGCAGUGAAACUUUCUAAUGAAUGGACUGUUGCUGUUGUGCGAAUUAUUCAAAGAAAAUAAAAGUUCACAUGUCAAAAGAUGAAAUAAUUCAAAGAUGAUCUCUUUGCUCACAAAAACAGAUUAACUAGUUAUAAAGAUAUUACCUUGAGAAUAAGAUGUUAAUGGAUCUAAAAUGUUUUAAGAAAAUUGAUGAAUUUAAAGUUGGUCUUUGAAGACAUGAAUUGAACUUUAUAAUAGGAUAAUGUAUAAUUUUUGCAUGUGUAUGGAGGGUAUCUCAAAAAGAUUUCAGGGCUAAAGUUAAAUUUUGAACCCUCCAAAAUUUGUGGAGUUACUUGUAUAUUGAUUUAUAUUGAAAUCAAGAUUAUGGGCAUUUCAAUGUUUCAGAUCUACUGCAUAUAUAUUGAAUUAUGACAUAUAAAUUUAGAGAAUUUGAAGGAAAUUUAUAUAACAAAUGUGUUUAAUUAUAGUUUUUUUCAAUUGUAUGAAAUCUCCAAAUUUUGAUUGCAAUUUUUUUAAUUUUUUUUGUUGUGAAAUAAAAACUGCAUUGACAGAAAUUGAAGAGAGCAAAAAGAAAUAAGAUUUUUUUCUGAAUGGGUAGGAGACAGAAAAAGUUGAAAAUACUACAAUAUUCUGAAAAUGUCUUAAAAAGUGUUAUGGACCAUUACAUUUUUAGCUAAAUAUAUAUAUAAA